CAACGUUAUAACCGGAAGUUGCACAUGGUUAAAAUUAAAGCCUCUAAUUCUGUCUUACUGAAAAUGGAGAAAAAACAUCUGCUGGAAGUGAUAGAAACUGAUAAUGAAGAUGAAACCUGCAGAACUUUUGUGUUACAUGGUGAAGAUCACACACUGGGGAACUCUCUGAGAUACAUCAUCAUGAAAAACCCUGAAGUCCAGUUCUGUGGUUAUAGUAUACCUCAUCCAUCAGAAAACAAAAUCAACUUCCGCAUCCAGACAAACGGUGCAAAUGCUACAGACAUUCUGAAGAAAGGACUGACUGAUUUAUACCAUGCCUGCGACCAUGUACUGAAAACAUUUGAGACUGGCAUCAAUAACUACAAAAAGCGAAGAUUUCCACCUGAUUACGAAAUGGCAUCUGCUGACACCUGACUUGUAUUGUGGUAUUUCAUAUGAUGACUAUGAUAUCUUGAUUGUAAAACAUUACCAUCAUGAUGCUGUGAUAGACCUGGACAACCUCAGUGAGAUACGGUCAGCCAGUCUGUACUGAAGGAUUUUAUAGACCAUGGAAGCAUGUACACUAUUACAAGCAACAGAGAACAUUUCAAUCUUUAAAUUGACCCUGCACAUAUCAAUUUCAAGUCAUUGGAUCAAUUACAAUUAUUGUGCUUUCAGUUGAAAUGACUAGAUCUGAAGCUUAAAAAAGAACCAGCUUACCUCAUUGUGACUACAUGUACAAUGCAUUUCAAUAUAUCAGAAUUACAUGUUAGGACUCAUGUGGAAGAAAUGAUACAGGAUGCUCUAUUCUGUGGAAUUUUAAAUGUUAAAAAAGUGUUAAGAUUUAUCUGUUUUUAUCUGCAGAUGUUAUGGAGUAUAAAUAUUAUAUUUGUUGAUUUUCAAAUGAUUUAGUCAACAUGACUCAUUAUUGUAAAUAAAACAAUAUUUGUGCCGUAAAAA